AUGCGUGGUUUCUUUCGUUCCUUAUUUUGUUUGCCCCGUGGACGAUGGCACACUCUGGUUGGAGUGGAAGAUGACCGAUCUGACCCUUUGAAGUGCGAUGAGAAACGACCGUCAUGCAAGAACUGUACCAACCACGAUGUGGAAUGUUCAUUUACUAGCAACGGACCAUCUACGGAAAUAUCGUCCACAGAAACUCCGGAAGCUGUUACUGAGGCACGGCCCCGGGCCCAGCGAUUCCAACCUUAUCACUAUUCAACAGGAGAGCUGAAGCAGACGUUCAGGAUUCCCAAGCCAAAAAACAAGCCAAAGCAAUCGACAGUAUCCAAAGCGACUCAAUGCGACCUCGCUCCGGAUGGACCUAUCAGGAUUGUCUCGCUGGCUGAUUUACAGCUCUUUCAUAACUAUACCAUUUCAACCUUUCGGACCAUGCGAGAGGAAGACCAAGAUUUACACGAACUAUGGCAAAAGCACAUCCCCGAAUGGGGUAUCGAGUUCCCGUCCAUCUUACACCUAAUUCUUGCCCUAUCAUCACUCCACCUAGCAUACAAAAAGCCUGAGCUACGAGGACAAUACAUCGAACAAGCAGACAGUCAUUUCACCUUUGGUGUCCGUUCAGUCACAGCCGUUCUCUCCCAACUCAAUGCCGACAACUGCCAAAAAAUCUACAUUGCAGCUACCUUGAUAUGUUUUAUCUAUUUCGGAAGAGGUCCACGACCAGGCGAAUACCUCAUAUUCAGUGACAGCGGUCCGGCAGAAUGGCUUGUUCUCAUGAAUGGCGUCAAAUUUAUUCUCCAAUCCCAUCAUGCGAAAAUAUUCAGUGGAAUCCUUGAGCCACCACCUGAUCAUACGAUUUAUUCAAUCACUCCGGCGAUGCGCAGUGAGCGUCACGAACACACAGUCCACCUUCAGGCCGUGCAGAGACUUGUCGAGGGGGGAUCAGUGGAUGAACGGGAAAUGUGCAUCUCUGCGAUUCAGGACUUGUUUGAAAUUAUGGAUGACCUAUAUGACAGAGUUUCUGUGGGGAAACAAGGCGGAUCCCUGAUGCAUCUGUUGAUUGGGUGGCUUUAUCGUCGACCCGAAGCGUUCGUGCAUACUUUGGAGCAGAAGCAGCCUCACGCUUUGGUGAUCCUUGCAUACUGGGCUGUUUUGUUGAAGUAUAUGGAGUCGGCAUGGUUUAUGGAAGGCUGGUCUGAUCAUGUGUUGACAGGGAUCUCGAGCUCAUUGCAUCCGGACUAUUUGCCUUGGAUAGAUUGGCCUUUGCGGAAAGCCCAGCAGGCUGGGUAG